CUCCAAUAAAUAUAGUUCAGCUUUUUCCGCGACGCGAUGGCGGCCGUGGAAGAACACACCCAACUGCCUUGGAAGGUCGCAUUCCGUGUGCAGUUCACGACUGAAAAGUACGGCAUCAAGUUCUAUCCGUCCCCGCUGCCCGACACUGGGAAUGGCCUAUACACGAUCCAAGUGCUCGAGGUGCCGCGAGCUGCUGACCCUGCGACGUAUGGACCUGCGCAGCAGUACAACGAAAGCCUCAAGCCUGAACAAGCGCACUUGGCUGUCCGCGCGGGUUUGUACCUCACGCACAUCAACGACACCAAUCUUCUACGCCAGCCCUGCGAACAAGUCAUCCGCCAACUCACCAGCGUACCUCGUCCUGUCAAGCUGCGCUUUGUCGACGUGGACUCCGGCGUGGUCACGUUGAAGGAGCUUCAGGAAGGACGAUAUGCCCGCACGUCUCUUUCCAAGGCGCAUCUGGACGCAUUGCUGCAAGAGCCCCCGCCGUCUCCCGAGUCUCCACCUGUCGAAUCGCGUGAUGCCGUCCCCACUACAUCUCCCGAGCCUUUCUUGGCACCUCCGCCUCUACUUCCACCCCCUUUCGUCGUCACUGUGGCCCCUUCGACCCAUGUUGCACCCGCCACACAAGCCAUCCCCCUUCCACCCCCGACUUACACGACGGAACACGUGUACAAACUCAUCCUUCUGGGCACGACGGGCGUCGGGAAGAGCAGCGUGCUGUCUGUCGGCGUUGGCGGCGCCGCGGCCUUCUCGGACCGACCGGCGGCGACGCUCGAGGCCGAAUUCGGCACGCUCUGCGUUCCGGAUCCGGACGUGGCCACCAACAAGAUGCUCAAGGCGCAGGUGUGGGACACGGCAGGGCAGGAGAGGUACCGCGCCAUGACGCGGUCGCACUACCGCCGCGCGGACGGCGCGCUGCUCGUGUAUGACGUGGCCGACCCAGAUAGCUUUGGAAAGCUGGCGGGGUGGCUGGCGGACCUACGGGAGAUGGCGGGGGACUCGAUCAAGUCCAUCUUAGUGCUCGAAAACAAGAUCGACCAGCUGCCCGACGCCGUCGUGAGUGGCGUUGAGCCCCGCCCGAGUCAGUUUGUGAACGAGGCGGCGGUAGCAGCGUUCUGCAAGGUGAACGGCCUUCUAUUUGCCAGGUCCUCUGCGAAAAUGAACCGAACAGCGUUCCGGUGGGCGGGUAAGCCGGUGGAGGAAGUGGUGGGGCAACUGCUGCUGAAUGUGCAUGCCACACAUUUGGCUCGGGGGCUCAAGCUGCAGCAAGAACAACUAGCUAAGCAACUCGUGUCCCAGGACCAAGUAGUGGCAACCUCGUCGUCGACACCCAUCGUACUCUGCGCAUCGCCGUCGAUUGCGCGAGCCAAGUCGGGCGACUGUGGAUGCGGGGGCACAUAAUCAUACACUAUAUAAGUUCGUCGAUUGACUUAGCUCGAAUUAUCUUUUCGAUGUCGCGGGUUCGUAGCCAACAAUGCGUGGUUGUGUUCGCGGCAGAGGGGGCUCGUGCACUGGAGAGUACCGCUAUUCGAGCCAUCUGAUGUUCUAGGCACUGAGGACGGCGGAAUGACGGAGUGGUCGAUGCUUUCCUGGAGGCCAUAGUAUCGGAUACAAGGCACGACC